AUGGUUCUCUUCCUGACCAUAAAUAGGUUGGCAAACCCUAAUGGCGGUCUAAGUCGUCGCCGCCGGCUUUUCAUACCACCAUCCACUAAUAAACCACUUUUUCUUUAUGACUCUGAUGAAGAUCAACGCUCGUUUCUUUCCCUCAUCGAAAGCACCCGAGAUGACGACGAGGUUUCCGACGCUGCCAGUGUAUCGACUUCUCGAUCCUUGCCUUCCACUCUUUCGUCUGUGAACGACGAUCAAGCAUCUUUCCACUCUUGGCUCUUGGAGGAGCAACAAAGACGAUAUCUGGCUGCCAACUCCGAGGACGAAGGCUUGGAUCUGUCCGACCAUACAAGUCAUUUAACACUGUCACGAUCUUCCCGGUCGUCGGCAAGCCUGUCGUCAUCGCUAGGAAAGUACGAGGACUAUGUGAACCUCCUUACAUCUGUACCUAUAGAAUUACGGAUUCUUGGACGAUAUUCACUUCCUCUCAUUAUCACCUUCAUUCUCGAACAUUUCUUCUCGAUUGUGUGCUUGUUGGUGGUGGGUCAUCUCGGAAAAGACGAAUUGGCCGCCGUAUCUUUGGCUACUAUGACUUCUACAAUUACAUACGCUAUUUUUGAAGGCAUUGCAACGGCCCUCGAUACCCUUUGUCCUCAGGCAUACGGAGCAGGACGCUUUGACUUGGUCAGCGAGCACGUCCAGCGAUGUAUAUUGUUCUCGUGGGUGGUGUUUAUCCCGUGUGCUUUUUUAUGGUGGAAUUCGUCUUUUUUCUUGCGCUACAUUAUAGAAAGUGCACAAGUGUUGCGUCUCACCAACCAGUUUCUCCGCAUAAUGAUCGUUGGCGGCCCAGCUUACAUUUUCUUUGAGUGUGGGAAGAGAUUCUUGCAAGCUCAGGGUAUUUUCGAGGCAGGAACGGUGAUUCUUUUUGUCAGUGCACCGCUUAAUAUUUUCCUUUCAUGGUUCUUGGUGUGGAACAAAACCUACGGCGUGGGCUACGUGGGAGCUCCCAUUGCUACUGUCAUAAAUUUUUACUUUAUGUGUCUCCUCAUGGUGCUCUACGUUGUGUUCAUCGAUGGGUCUGAGUGCUGGUUCGGCGUUGCUAGCUUGAAGCACCUUUUUAAAAAAUGGGCUAAACUUAGUCACCUUGCUAUACCUGGUAUUAUCAUGUUGGAAUCGGAGUACAUGGCAUAUGAAAUCAUCACGUUAUUUGCCAGUCGUUUCGGAACUGUGCCAUUGGCUGCCCAGAGUGCUGUAUCUAGUAUGGCAUCGCUUACUUAUAUGAUACCUUAUGCCGUGAGUAUAGCAGCUUCCACUCGGAUUGCUAGUUUUAUUGGCGGUGGAAAUGCGUACUCGGCAAAGGUUUCUACAAAUGUUUCCCUCUUCAUCGGCUUGGUAGUGGCAGUUAUUAACUGUUUUGCACUCUACACUUUCAAAUACCAAAUCGCCAUGCUCUUCUCCAAAGACCAGGAAGUUAUCGACGAGAUAGUACAGCUACUCAACCCACUAGUGUCCAUCAUACAGAUUUUCGACGGAUUGGCAUCGGUUGCUAGCGGGAUCAUAAGGGCACAAGGUAUGCAAAAAAUAGGCGGUGUUAUCAACUUGGUAGCCUACUAUGCAUUUGCGCUUCCUUUAGCUAUGAUUCUUAGCGAUUGGUAUGGCUACGGUCUUAUAGGACUUUGGUUGGGAAUCGGAAGCGGCAUGGUCGUUAUUGGCGUAAGCGAGACAGCACUCAUCUUCUUCACCAAUUGGGAAAAGCUUAUCACUGAACAUGCCAUGGUAUGA